AAGUUAGCUCGUCUUGGCUUGCACAGGUUUGUCACCCUGCCAGCCACACACACCAAGCAGACAAAAGUGCGCCAGAAUACUUGGAGGGCAUGGAGGAGCUUCUGUUACCGAGCGGCGAGGAGGAGGCGCGCUCCGAUCACAGCUCAUAUGCUCCGGGACACGCAGGGAGGACGAUGGGGGACCGAGUCAAGACCUUCUUCGAGGUGACGGUGAAGGAGGACCUGAAGAGGACCGUGAGGAAUUUCCUGAAGAAGAACGGGCUGCUGACUCUGUCUGUUAUUGCUGUGCUGACCGGAUGCACACUGGGCUUCAUGCUGAGAGGAACUCAGCUGUCCACGCAGGCCAAGAUCUACUUCUCUUUUCCCGGAGAGCUGCUGAUGAGGAUGUUGAAGAUGCUUAUUCUUCCUCUCAUCACAUCCAGUUUGAUGUCGGGUCUGUCGUCGAUGGAGUCCAAGGCGUGUUGUCGGAUGGGGGUGCUCACCGUCACCUACUACCUGUGGACCACCUUCAUCGCUGUGGUGGUCGGCAUCAUGCUCGUCAUCAUCAUCAAACCCGGCGUUGGGACAGAGAUGGAGAGUAACCGGCUGGGAGGGGGGCCUGUCAUGACCUCGGCCGACGCCCUGCUUGACCUCAUCAGAAACAUGGUUCCCUCUAAUCUGAUUGAGGCCACAUUUCAGCAGUACAAAACAGACCUGAUACCCAUCCUCAAAGUCCCAACCAGAACCAUCCAGCCCAAUUUCGUCUAUGUUGUCCCCGAUGAGAGUGACCCUAAAGGUCGGACGGUGUACCUGGAGCUGACUCCGCCCCCGGAGGUCUUGUACAAGACGAGUCCCGGCACCAGUCAACAGAUGAACGUCCUCGGGAUCGUCAUCUUCUCUGCCACCAUGGGUCUGUUGCUGGGCAGGAUGGGAGAACGAGGAGCUCCACUCAUCAAUGUCUGUCAGUGCAUCAACGAGUGCGUCAUGAAGAUCAUCAACGCUGCUGUUUGGUACUUUCCUUUUGGGAUCAUCUUCCUGGUGGCGGGGAAGAUCCUGGACAUGCAGGACCCGAGCACGCUGGGAAGGAAGCUGGGCUGGUACGGCAUCACCGUCCUCGCCGGCCUCUUCGUCCACGGACUUAUCCUUCUCCCUCUCUUCUACUUCCUCCUCACCAGGAAAAACCCCUUCACCUUCAUCCGCGGGCUGCUGCAGGCGAUGGUGAUUGCCCUGGCUACCUCCUCCAGCUCUGCCACACUGCCCAUCACCAUGAAAUGUUUGUUGGAGAACUGCCACGUCGACCGACAGAUCGCUCGCUUCGUCCUUCCUGUGGGAGCCACCAUCAACAUGGACGGCACGGCACUGUACGAGGCUGUGGCUGCCAUCUUUAUCGCUCAGGUCAACGACUAUGAGCUGGACUUUGGCCAGCUGGUCACCAUCAGCAUCACAGCUACAGCUGCCAGCAUUGGUGCAGCAGGGAUUCCCCAGGCUGGUCUGGUUACCAUGGUGAUCGUACUCACAUCAGUGGGGUUACCGCCAGAUGACAUCACUCUCAUUGUGGCCAUUGAUUGGAUCCUUGACAGAUUUCGGACCAUGAUCAACGUCCUUGGUGAUGCCCUGGCAGCAGGAAUCAUUGCCCACCUCUGUCGGAAAGAUUUCCCUCUCAGCGGAUCUGGGAAGCCUGUACCAUCCUAUGGUACUCAGACUCCUCACGCUCACAACAACUCCCACAGCGUCGACGUGCCAAUGACAGAGAUCCACACACACAAAGACUGCAUGUUCGAGGCGAUGGGCGACUCAGAGGGCGAGAGGCACGCACACACCGUCUACUACAACAUCUGUCAGGUUUGAUGGGACCGAGCCUCAAAACACCACAGAGUCCGGGAGAGUCCGGUCAAAUCUCACAGUGCCAUCUGAGCAGGGGCGUUAAGAGGAGACGGACUCAGAGCAGGAGUCUCCUUCUUAACAUGAUAAUGACUGAGAAGGAGCGACUGCUUUUCUUUCAGUUUACAUGACAGGAACUAUGGUUUAUUUGGCCUAAAGCGGAUUGGAGCUUCAUUUGGAGCUUCGUUCUCCUGUUCACUGAUGACAGAGAGCGUAAGGGGUCAAAGGGCACAUGGACCACAACAUCACUUUAAUUCAAACUCGCCAUGAAUGCUAACUAUGAAGCCAAUCUCAGUUUAAGAAGGUGGAUUUUGGAAAUCUGGCAGGGUCUCUGGUUGCCGUUGAAGAACAGGAUGAACAUGAGUUUGAAUUGCACCAGAGGAUUAUGGGUACACAACACCCUCCUGGGAGCACCUGCAGGUUCAUCAUCUGGUCCAACAGCGGCACUUAGAAGACCAAGACACCUCAAGAUCUGCAGAGAGGAAGCUAUAAACUACGCCAGUUACCGAGUCCAAAAAAACCUACAACGGGGAGUUUUAAGUCACAAUCUGUGGCUGAGGAACAGAUGAAACUGGAGAUACCUGAAACACAAGUUUGGUAUUGGAGCCAAUCAGAGCAUUACCUAGUAAAUUUUCAGCUACAACGAGCAGAAUCCAUUUAGCCCCAGACAAAACCCACGGUUUGUCCAGUUAAAGAAAAACCUUUUAUGGUGACUGUGAUAGCUGCACAUAUCAUGGCCAUCAUGGCCGUUAUUAGGGCUGGGUAUCAAACCUUAAUGCUUCCACGGUACUGACCAAAAUGUGUCCUUAGAAUCAGAAGAAUCAAGAACUGAAAAUCUGUCAGAUACCAGAGGAUGGCAUCUAAUGAUGAGAGCACUGAUCACCACCGUGUCCUGGGUUACCGGCUGAUCUUCGUUCAAGCAGCUGAAAUGAUGCUCAGCUUAUACAAGUUUCUCACCUCGUUCUUGUUAUCUGUGGAAAAAAUCAUACAAAGAAGCUAACUGGGAUGCCACGGGCAAUGUGGAAAUGUAAACAGUCACAAUAUUUAGGCCUGCACAUUUGUCCAACUGCACGAUGACUAACCUUUGGUCCUGAUUCUGUUUUUUGGAGAAGUGAAUCAGAACCUGAAUAAUUGAAUUGUUUUUUUAUCCGCUCAUUUUUGCUCAGACCAAAUCCACCUUUAUGUUAGAAUAGAUUAUCUAAAGACACCAGAGACAGCUUAAUAAACCACACUGGAUCACACAGGGUAACAUUGAAAUAUAUGGCGGUUAACGCAAAGACAAAACUAACAAGCUUGGAUCUCCAAACCACCUGGAUCCUGAAAGCAGUCAUCUUCUGUUUUGUCUGGGAUCAACCAAAGGGACAAACAUCUUCGUGUUGCUGUUUGUUCUGAGCCACAUCUCUAUCUUAUGUUCACUGCUCAGGUGUUAACCACGUCAACACACCUCUGACUGAGGUGUUUGAAUCUGAUUGGCCGGUGCUUACUGCUUCAGACUGACUCAAGGGUUAAAGGGUGAUCCGUCUACUGCGACGGCUGAAUGAAUCAAGUGCUCUUGCAGACUCAACCUUCUUCUUCUCCUGUCCUGUUUGUAUUUGACAGCAUGCUGGCAUGCGUUCCAACUGACUUCAUUUGAAGUCAACGUGCUUUAUUUUCUUCUCUUGUUGUUGUUUUGACUUGAAUGUUGUAAACAAAGUGCUGUAGGAAUUUUGGGAAUUUUACCAAUGUAAAUUGCAGCUAAUAUGAACAGAUGCUAGUUUGGGUUUCAGUUAAUCUCAUGCCUCUCCUGGGUCUACUAAAUGUUCAAAUUGGAUUGUUUCUUUCAAAUGAUUUAUUGAUGUUGUCUGGAGCUGCUUCUGUUGGUCUUCCUUUGAAUUUUUGUCGGACAAAACAAGACACAAUGACGUCACUUUGGGCUGUAGGAUAUUAUCAUGACCAUUUUUUUCUAUU